UUUUCCAUUUAAUUACCAAUACGAAAAGAAAGGUCAAUUAAAUCUUAAUCGUUUCCUUAAUUUAACAUUCCAUUUAAUUGAUUUUAAUUAAAUUUUCGAUUGAACAGUAUUCACAAUGUCAGGUAAAGACAGGAUAAACAUUUUUCCAUCUCGAAUGGCCCUUACUCUUUUGAAGGGUCGACUGAAAGCAGCACAAACUGGUCACAAUCUGUUGAAAAAAAAAGCUGAUGCACUUCAAUUGAGAUUCAGGCAAAUAUUGAAAAGGAUCAUAGAUACAAAACAAAAGAUGGGUGAUAUUAUGAAAGAUGCCCAAUUCAGCUUAGCAGAAGCUAAAUUUGCUGUUGGUAACGAUAUCAAUGCAGUUGUCUUACAAAAUGUUACCAAAGCUCAGACAAAGGUUCGUUCAAGGAAAGAUAAUGUCGCUGGUGUUAAUCUACCAUCUUUUGAAUGUUAUCAAGAUGGAAGCGAUAGUUAUGAGCUUGCUGGUCUUUCCAGAGGUGGUCAACAAUUAGCUAAAUUAAAAAAGAACUACGCUCGUGCAAUUGAACUUCUAGUCGAAUUGGCCUCAUUACAGACAAGUUUCAUCACUUUAGACGAAGUCAUCAAGAUCACAAAUCGUCGUGUCAAUGCUUUAGAACACGUUGUUAUUCCCAGAAUCGAGCGAACUCUUGCUUAUGUGACAUCAGAAUUGGAUGAAAUGGAGAGAGAAGAGUUUUAUCGUCUAAAAAAGAUCCAAGAGAAAAAGAAAAAGAUCAAAGAUGCCCGUGAGAAAGAACUGGAAGCUCUUAAGGCCGCAGGUUUAGUCUACGAAGCCGGAAACCUAAUAGAAGACGAACAUGAUGAUGAUAUCCUUUUCUAAGGAGGUCACUUUUUCUACCUGGAAAAGGAAACGAUCCUCUGUUGUUGUGUAUGCUACUAUAAUUAUAUCAAGUGUUUUAUCAAGCGCAAAACUUUUUUUCGAUCCAUAUUAAUCUGGAAAUCAAAAUCAAGAAAUCAUUUGCAAUUCGAGUACCGUUCUUUUCUUUUACACCUUAAUUUUUUCGUUUGUUUGUUUUCCGAUUUUCUGGAAACACUGAGAAUCCAAGACAUUAGAAAAGAGGUGAACCAAAUUCUAUUGAGUGUUUUUAAAAGAACCCACAGUUGUAAAAAGAAAAGGAAUCGAUGGUGGUGAUGGCAAAACAAUUAAGAAAAAGACACAAAGUACCCAUGUUAAAACAAAGAAGAUGAUGUUUACUCUUCAUAAUUAUCAUCUUCUUCUUCUUCUUCCUCUUCCUGAAGAUUAAAUCUUCAGUGUCAUUUGCUAAUUUAAUCAACUUUUGUCAAAUAUAUUAUGUUAUUCAUAUUAAACUAGCCAUCAACUUCAUUACACAGAAAA